CCGGCUCUAAUGCUUGUGCUGAUUUCAGUGUGUUAGAACAAUGUUAAUCUGUGUGAGUGUUUCAUCUCCUCCCUGCCUGGUCUGAGUGCACGUCAGCAGCACCUUGAGCAAAGAAAAGUCUUGUCUGAGAGUGUCUGCCUCUUGGACACACUGGUGAAACUGGGACCUUGCAGCUCUGGGGGGGUUUUGAGAUGUCUUUUGAGAGUGGGAUGAACCAAAGUGCAGAUUGUUAAGAUUUUUUCUUCCUGCAUAUCUGACCCUGUUUUCUGCUUCCACUCCUUCUUUAGGAGGCAGCAUAUCUCUCGUCCAAGGGACGCUGCGCCUAGUCUUUGACAAUGAAGUUCAACUUGUUCAGAAAGCCACAGGCCAUGGCGGCCGCCGAACCCACCGGCGUCACCACCGCCACCAUGGCUCCCACCCAGGCUUUCAUCUCCACCUCGGUGCCAGAGACCUCUGGCUCCAACAACACAGAAAUCAGCAAGAACGACAUGUUUGAGGAGAUCAAGAGCAAAUUUUUGAAUGAAAUUGAUAAAAUUCCAUUGCCUCCGUGGGCUCUGAUCGCCAUCGCUGUGGUAGCCGCGUUGCUCAUGCUCACCUGCUGCUUCUGCAUAAUCAAAAAAUGCUGCUGCAAGAAGAAGAAGAACAAGAAAGGGAAGAAGGGCAAGGACGGCUUCAACAUGAAGAACAUGCAGGGUGGCGAGAUACACCAGGACGACGAGGACGACGAUGAGGGAGAGACCGGACUGACAGAGGAGGAGAAGGAGGAAGAGGAGAAAGAGCAAGAGAAGCUGGGGAAGCUGCAAUACUCUAUAGAUUAUGACUUUGAAAAUGGAAAGCUCACAGUCGGCAUCCUUCAAGCUGCGGACCUCAUAUCCAUGGACUCAGGCGGAACCUCCGAUCCUUACGUUAAAGUCCUGCUCCUACCUGAUAAGAAGAAGAAGUUUGACACCAAAGUCCACAAGAAAACACUGAACCCUGUCUUCAAUGAGACAUUUAUAUUCAAGGUGCCCUACGAGGAGCUCGGUGGGAAGACUCUGUGUAUGUCCGUUUAUGACUACGACCGAUUUUCCAAACAUGACGUCAUUGGAGAAGUGAAGAUCCCCAUGAACACCAUCGACCUCGGACGGCCGAUCGAAGAGUGGCGGGAUCUGGAGAGCGCCGAUCAAGAGGAGCCUGAGAAACUCGGAGACAUCUGCAUCUCCCUCCGUUACGUCCCCACUGCCGGGAAACUCACCGUCUGCAUCUUGGAGGCAAAGAACCUGAAAAAGAUGGACGCCUGCGGAUUAUCUGAUCCUUAUGUAAAGAUCCAGCUGCUGCAGGGGGGCAAGCGUCUGAAGAAAAAGAAGACAACAGUGAAGAAGAACACCCUAAACCCUUAUUAUAAUGAAUCUUUCAGCUUUGAAAUUCCCCUGGAACAGAUGCAGAAAAUCUUGGUGGCGGUCACAGUGUUUGAUUACGACAAGAUCGGUAAGAAUGACGCCAUCGGAAAGAUUUUCGUGGGCAGUAAGGCGACUGGCCUCGGUCUGAAGCACUGGUCCGACAUGCUGGCUAAUCCGCGCCGCCCCAUCGCCCAGUGGCAUCCAUUGCAGCCAGAGGAGGAUAUCGAUGGUCAGCUGGCAUCCUUGAAUGCAAAGAAGUAACGUGCUCCACCAACCAGCUAAUGCACUAACUCAGAAAUCCAACCCCCCGCCCCCUCCCCGUACUUUGCAUGAACCCCACGACUUAACACGUGACGAAUCGUCAUGAAAACCUGCUCAGCAAAAAAGAGACAUCUUAGAAUAUCCGCUCAUUCAUGGUUAAGUCGAGAAAAACUGUUUUUAAGCAUCACAUUUCACACAUUAGUGAAUGCUGAGAGGAGUGGCGUUGAGUUUUCGGGUGACUGGUUCGUGAAUGAUCGACUGUUGGUCUUUCUUUCAUUUGGAGAAACUUAGAAACUGAUUCUUAGGGUGCUGACACUGAACGAAAGACGAUGCUGGAAAAUAAAAGCUUUAGUUUAGUUUAUAGAGCAUGCUUUACUUACCUCCCCACUGCUCUGCAUACACCACGCCCAGUAUUGUAUCCUGCUAAUAAGUGUGCUAUAACUUGCAGUAGAAAGUACUGUAGUAUCAGGCUAUUUCCUGCAUAGAGUCUGUUUAAGUCUAUUAAUGCAAAAUUAUUCAACUGAGAAUGAAUGAGGUCACCGAAUCCAUGUUGCAAUAUAUUUUCAAGAGAAGUCUGCAUAAUUGAUUGUCUUCAUUUUAUCGUCCCACACUUGAGAAGGAGAUACAGCAAAGUAGUAAACAGUUUGGAACAGCUGCUUAUUUUAUGUUGCCAUGAAGGCACGUCUAUGCAUUUAGGUUCAACACGCGUUUCUGUGUCUUCAGACGGAUCUGACGUAGGACAGAAAUACAAGGGUGCCUUUCCUGACGUGACACUUUUAGAAUUACAGUACGCUUCAUGGUUUUAAUGUGAAGGGAAACUUUUGAAAAUCACUCAGAAGUAGUCAGGGAUACUGUGAAUGUGCCAUCUUGAAUCUGUCUUGAGCUGUGUUGACCACUUGGAUGUAAAACCUCACUUAUCUGUGGACAAAGUGAGGAUACGAGAAGGCUCAUCAAUGAUGUUUAAAACCGAUUUUAACAGUGCUUCUUUUAAAUUCUGCUCCUUAUUCCCUAAAAAACUGCCAUCCGACUCAUUUUUUCUUGAUUGAUAUCAAUGGAACAGAUAAUCUUUCUUUGACAAUUGUUGUAGUUUACCAAAUAUACCGCACACCUAUAAUAGUUUCUGGUGAAACAAUACAAGGAUGUCUCUCAAAGACGAUGUUUUUUUUAAAAGAGAAUCAAAUUUGAAAUGUAAGAUAUAGCCGCCCUUUUUAAGAGAGCGCAAAUUUAAGUGCAAAAACGUAGGUUUGUAAAAUCUCCACAGGGCAAAUGUUACAUGAAAACAUAAUAUUCUGCGAAAAACAUAUCUCGGACCAUUUUGCUUGAAGCAAAUAGAGCUGCAGAAUCUAGCAUGUAUCAUGCCGCGCAGUAUUUCAUGUUGUUUGGAUCGCUAACUCAUCGGCCACAAGCUUUGAAAACCUGGAGCCAACAUGGCGGUGUUUCGACUUCACCCCAGACAAACAAACAUACUGUGUAAGACUGAUGAGCAGAAGUACAGCCAUAAAGAAAGGCCAAAAGGAUCUGAAUAUUAUAGCCACUUAAUUGUAAAGUUUCAUUAUUCUAAAAUUCUUGAUGCUGAUGUUUCAAGACCUCUGAAUUUAUAGCAUU